AUCAUCCCACCCCUGGUCAAGACUGUCAGAGCUGAGGGGCCAAAAUCAGGGGAGCAGGCUUGGGUCGUUGAGGAUGUGUGCCAGAUGGAGCUGCCAUGUUCAGGAGCAGUGUAUCACUUCCUGCCAGUUGCUCAGGAGAACUGAUGCUUCGUGCCCUGCUUUUGAGCUCUUCUUGAGAAGCAUCUGCCUGACCGCUGUGAUGGAUCUUUGGUUCAAUCCACCACAGCCCUUAGUUUAUUUUUAAGAGAGGAAGACAAGAAACAGAACAUGAAUGUUUACAGUGAGGAUAACAGAACUGCCCUGCACUGGGCCUGUUCAGCUGGACACGCAGAUAUUGUUGACUUCUUGCUAAGCCUGGGAGUGCCUGUUAACGACAAAGAUGAUGCUGGCUGGAGUCCUUUGCAUAUCGCUGCAUCGGCAGGUCGAGACGAAAUUGUGAGAGCUCUCCUGGGGAAAGGUGCUCAGGUGAACACCGUCAACCAAAAUGGCUGCACGCCUCUGCACUAUGCCGCAUCCAAAAAUAAGCACGAGAUCGCACUGAUGCUGCUAGAGAGUAGAGCGAAUCCAGACGCCAAGGAUCACUUGGAGUCUACUCCGUUGCACAGAGCAGCAGCCAAGGGGAACCUAAAAAUGGUGCAGAUCUUGCUGAAACACAAAGCUUCUGCCAAUAUACAGGAUUCAGAGGGAAACACAGCUCUCCAUCUAGCCUGUGAUGAAGAAAGAGUCGAUGAGGCCAAGCUCCUGGUGUCCCACGGGGCAAGUAUCUAUAUUGAGAACAAAGAAGAAAAGACUCCCCUGCAAGUAGCAAAAGGUGGCCUGGCGUUGAUACUGAGGAGGCUAGUGGAAGGCUAGUGGCCAUCACUCACUUUCAAUUUUGAAUUCCGUUUCGGCUGGACCUGCUGAAGACUGCUGACUUGUGUUUUUUGUUGGCUUUCAUUCUGUGGUGUCUCCUGUACAUACCUACAACUUCUGUGGCCAAGCAGAACUCCCUUAAUUUCUAGUUACCAAAUCUGUUGCAUUUUACAGUAUACUUGCUGGCUUGAGAACUUGGGGUUCAAGGGCCAUCUCUUAUAGAAGAAAACCUGUGGAAGGCUUCUGCUUAUGUUGGUCCUACAUACGCUUGCUCAUAAGGGCAGGCAAUAUUCGGUAUUCCUUGAGGCACUUUGUACAGCCUACAAGUCGUUUGUUUGUUUUUAAACUGACAAUUUGUCAUCUUUCAUUCUUGAAUUAAACUAUCAUCAUGGUUGUGUGCAAUGAAACUGAGAAGAACAAAAGUUCUGUACCAAAGGCUUGGAAAGCAAAAGAUAACACUGCCUAUCUUAAAAGUUAUAGGGUGGGGGUUGCUUGGUUGUGGCACUGAAUUGCCUUUUCAGGUUUCGUUCGUUUUGGCCCUGUACCUUGCGUGUGGGCAGGGUGGUAGGGAUGCAUCAUAGUGGGGGUGUAGUGGUCUUGCCUCAAAUAAAGUAAUGACUGUCUUGGUAUGGCUGGAGGUGUGCUCUAACUGUUUUUUCUUCUGAAAAAGGCUAACAGGUUUACUGUGGCAUGUAUUUGUGUAGGUAACUGUCUAAUCCAUCCCCUGCUUAUUAAAAGAAAUAUGUUUUUUCUUUGCA